GUCUCCUUUCUUUCUUGCUGAUGAGGAACUGGGGACCCAGAGUCGGCCUGUGUGAGGCCCUUACGGGUGGCUCCUACAGUCUUUAGUGGCACAGGGUCGGUCUCCCCAGGCCGACCUGGUAAAAUUCCCGCAUCUCCCGCAGGCCGCCCUUCUCUGUCUUGGCCGGGACCAGCCCCUGGACCCCGGGAUCCUGGCCCGCGCGCACCAGGAGCUGUCCGCGGUGCUGACCGCAGGAGCUUCCCGCGCUCGGCCGAUGCGCACGCGUCCCGGGAGGGGCGCGCGGGACCCGCCCGCGCCGCCACUGCGCAGCCUCCCGCGGCCUCCCCGCCCGGCGCAGCCUCCCGCAGCCUCCCCGCCGCCGCUCUCGCCCCGGCCGGCCAUGGCGCUCAACAAUUUCCUUUUCGCGCAGUGCGCCUGCUACUUCUUGGCCUUCCUGUUCAGCUUCGUGGUGGUGGUCCCGCUGUCCGAGAACGGCCACGACUUCCGCGGCCGCUGCCUGCUCUUCACCGAGGGCAUGUGGCUGAGCGCCAACCUCACCGUGCAGGAGCGCGAGCGCUUCACGGUGCAGGAGUGGGGCCCGCCGGCCGCCUGCCGCUUCAGCCUGCUCGCCAGCCUCCUGUCUCUGCUGCUGGCCGCCGCGCACGCCUGGCGCACGCUCUUCUUCCUCUGCAAGGGACACGAGGGCUCCUUCUUCUCCGCCUUCCUGAACCUCCUGGUCAGCGCCUUCGUGGUCUUCCUGGUCUUCAUUGCCAGCACCAUUGUCAGCGUGGGCUUCACCAUGUGGUGUGACACCAUCACCGAGAAGGGCACCGUGCCCCACAGCUGUGAAGAGCUCCAGGACAUCGACUUGGAGCUGGGCGUGGACAACUCCGCCUUCUACGAUCAGUUUGCAAUUGCCCAGUUUGGCCUCUGGGCCUCAUGGCUGGCCUGGCUGGCCAUCACCACGCUGGCCUUCCUGAAGGUCUACCACAACUACCGUCAGGAGGACCUGCUGGACAGCCUGAUCCACGAGAAGGAGCUGCUGCUGGCCCGGCCGUCCCCACGCACCUCCUUCCAAGAGGAGAAGAGCGCCGUCAUUUAGGCCCGGCGCGG